UUUGGUUUUUUGAGACGCAGCGAUUUUGUUCGUCUAGAAGACUAGAACCCGAUAAACCCCAGUGAGACGCUCUGCUCAGCGUCUCCAACUUCUCAGCUCCAGAGAACCAUGGCUGCAGCAGCUUCUGACAUGGCAGAUGCCCAAACCCAGUGGGAGUUUAGCUGGAACCGAAAAUGACUUGGAGGUAGAUUUUGAGUCCGAGGAAAGUGCUUCAAUCGUCUAUGCAACAUUAGCUGUUGAUAAGGAGUUGCAACCGGACAAGGUGACGAGGCAGAUGUCAGUUUCCAACUGCAAGCUUUCAGUGCACUUUGAGGCUGUUGAGGCGAGAUUUCUUCGAGCAUCAUAUAGCGCUUUGUUAGAUGUAUUGACACUCGCCACAAAGACAAUCGAAGAAUUUGGAAAUGGAUUAGAAUUGUGACCAGUUAGCUACUUGCUUUGCUAGUUUUUCUAUGAAAUGAUUUGUAACAAUUCAAGUUGGUAUUUGUGGAACUGUUCACAGCAUGAAAUGGGAGCUUGAUUACUUUGUUAUGACC